AUGCCAGUCGAAUUACCCAUUGAUACGUUAAACAAACCUUUGCUGGAAAUUGUCUUUAGAAAAAAAAAUCAUGCUCUGUUCAAAAAAUUAGCGCGAAAGACUCACUUCAACUUGAAAGAAGUCGAAGCGUUAGCUAUUAUGCACAGGAAAAUAAUACAAGCUCUGGGUCCCAUGACAAGAUCGGUGUUUCGAGACAUUUUACAUUCUGGUUUAGAUUUUACUGAAAAUAUUCGACACCUGUACAUUGAUAGAAUUUUUGCUAUAUUUGACAAGAAAAAUAUUUUACAAAUUCAUCUGGAACAAUGGAUUGAAGGACUCUCUAUAAUUCUUCGUGGCGAUCUAAACGAGAGGAUACACUUUGCUUUUAAUGUAUAUGAUUUUUGGCAUACCAACAAAUUAAAGAAGGAGCAAAUAUUUCCGUCAAUGCGCGGUUGCCUAAUUAGACUACAAACAGACGAAGAUCCCGACGAUGCUGUCAAGGAUUUGAUUGACUCACUGAUGAAAAAGGUCGACAUUGAUCGCGACGGUGUAAUAUCCGAAGACGAAUUUUACAGGGCUGUAAAAGAAAGGAAUCUACUGCUGCUGGAAUGUAUGGGACCAGUGUUUCCAUCUAGAGAAGCGCGACGAGCAUUUCUGAGCACAUUUACGGAUCGGCUCGGGCGAUUUUGA